AUGGACGAGGUGACGGUACUGCAGAUGGGGGAGAACUCCCUCCUGAAGGCGGUGUGGCUUGGCCGGCUCCGGCUGACCAGGCUCCUGCUGGAAGGGGGGGCUUACAUCAACGAGAGCAACGAGAAAGGGGAGACCGCCCUCAUGGUGGCCUGCAUCACCAAGCACGUUGACCAGCAGAGCAUUAGCAAGGCCAAGAUGGUGAAGUACCUGCUGGACAACAGAGCCGACCCCAACAUCCAGGACAAGUCUGGGAAAACGGCUCUCAUGCACGCCUGCAUCCGAGGCGCCGGGGGAGAGGUGGUGUCCCUGCUGCUGGAGAACGGGGCUGACCCCAGCCUGGAGGACCACUCCGGAGCCUCUGCGCUGGUCCAUGCCAUCAACGCGGAUGACAAGGCCGUGCUGCAGCACCUCCUGAACGCCUGCAGAGCGAAGGGGAAGGAGGUGAUCAUCAUCACCAUGGACAAGUCAGCCACCGGCACCAAGGCCACCAAGCAGUACCUGAACGUGCCUCCCUCGCUGGACUUCAAGGAGAGGGCCCCCCCCGAGGCGUGCACGGCAGCCCCCAGCCUCAGCCUGACAGCAGCCGUCCCGUCCCCCCCGCCCGCUGAGAAGGAGGACGGUGCCUUUGGGCCGCACUCGGCCCAGCCCGGGGACAGCCCCCCUGCCAAGGCCACCACCGAGCCGCCCUCCCCGGGGCGGAAAAGCGGCGCUGCCAAGAGAACGCGGCUGCCCCAGCUGAAGCGGCUGCAGUCCGAGCCCUGGGGGCUGGUCGCGCCCUCGGUGCUGGCCGCCUCCGCGCACCACGAGGACCAGCGGGUGCGCACGGAUGACGAAGUCAUCGUGGGCAUCGGUGAGCUCUCCUUUUCCAAAAAGGCUCCCCUCACCCGGAGCAACAGCAGCAAGAGCAAAGACCCGUCUCUCUUCCCCCUGGUGGACGAGCAGGCUCUGAGGACGCCGUCAGCCUCGGGGCCGGUCUCCAGGAAGGCGGCCUACGAGAAGAGCCCGGCCGGCCCCCAGCGCCUGCCCCGCAGGAGCACGGUGCCCGAACAGCCGGAGAGCGGCGGCCCCGGCUCCGCGGGCCCGGCAGCGAUGGAGGCGCUGCACUGGCGGAGGCUGGGCGCCGAGCACCACGACUGCGACGACAGCACGGGCCUGGCUGAGGUGGGGAAGGUGGCCUCGGAGAGGAGGAAGCUGAACGGGUCCCACCUGGCCCUGCUCAACGGCUCGCGGGAGGCCCUGGACAGCCUCGCCAGCACGUCGCCUGGGGCUGUCCGGCGCCGGCCGCCCAACCUCCUGGAGCGGCGAGGGUCCGGGACCCUGCUGCUAGACCACAUCUCUCAUACCCGGCCGGGGUACCUGCCCCCUCUGAAUGUGAACCCCAACCCCCCCAUCCCUGACAUUGGCUCCAGCAGCAAAUCUUCCUCCCUGCUUGCUGCUGGCUUGAAGUCCCUGGUGCCCAUCGCUCCCAGCUCACCCAAGCGGGGUGACUUGAGAACCAAAAAGAAGCUUCUCCGGAGACACUCCAUGCAGGUGGAGCAGAUGAGGCAGCUCUCUGAUUUUGAGGAAAUAGUGGCCCAGUAGCCGAGUCACAGUCGAUUUCCCAGAAAAUUUACCAAAUACAUGCUCUCUGUAGAAACAUAAAUGAUGGUUCCUGAACAGAGCGGUCGCUGGCUCCGGGGAAGUGCUGGCAGCCCUGGGUGUUCAGCCCCGUACCCAGGGGCUGAGCGAGGAGGGUCUCGUGCUGCUUCCCAGAGCUGGGGAGAGCCAGGAGUCGCAGGCGGCAAGGAAUCGAGCCCAAGCAUCUGUCAUGUACUGAUAACUCAUUUCUGGACUUUCCCCCAAGAGUAACUAUCUGAGAAAUCCAAUCCCAGAACAUCUCAGAUACAGAGUCAGGCUUCACAAAAAGGCUCCUGGCUGCAGUUUAUUUAUUCCUAAUUAUUUACGAUCCGUUUUUCUUCCAUCCCACUCAUUCUAAUACAGAAACCGGUCUGGGAGCCCCACGCCAGGGAGCCGGGGGCUGAUGUAUUUGUGAAGUGCCUACCAGGAAGGAGCUUACUGCUGCAAGAGGUUGGAAGAGCAGAAAUAACCCUCCUCAGCAAUUGAAUGUAUUUAUACCCUCACUGUGCUGGAGAAGGGAGAGGAUUCCUGCCUCAGAGAUUUCCAAGCACUUUGAAAUGACAGAGGCUGAGCUAAAUCUGUUGCUGGUGCAACCCAGUGUCUUCAGCGGGCCUGCCACCAGGACGGAUUUGCCUCAGCAUCUUGAGAGCCACCAAGGCGCAGGGGCAGUUCCCACCACACUGAGCAACUCCAAGCACUGACGUCCCGGCUUGUCCCUGUGGGAAGCUUCCCCAAGGGGAGCGAGGGUGCCGAGGAUGGCACGUGGCGAGCACCAGGGCUUCGUGCCAGCCGCAGGCAGCCGCAGCCAGGACGCCUUCCUCCUGCUGACCCCGCUGCCACCACGGUCCUUUGGGGUGAAGCGGACGCAGGGACACGGCUCCGUAUGCCGGGCUGGGGCACAAUUGUGUCGCCACCUCCACCCCUCGGCCGUCCCGAACCCGCCCGCGAUGAGCUGGUUCCUUACCCAGGGCAUUGGUGGUCUUUCUCCGGGCUGUUGCAAAACUUUGCACAGGUCCUGCGUACAGCGGCGUUGUGUUCUGGUUUUAUCUGCACAAGAAUGUUCCCUGAAAGUGCAUUUUAGAUUUAAAUAUGCUAUUUAGAGCAAAGGCGGGCUUAUAUUUUUACAGCCUUAAAGUUUACACUUCCUGUCUGUCAAAUGUCUUAUAGAUUGAAUUUCAGGUGUAUUUUGCCUAUAUCAAUGAAGUUUGUCUUAUAUUUAAGGCUGUGGAAUUUAAAAUCCCAUAGCUUUCGUUUCUAAAUAUUCUGAUAUUUCGUGGUGCGUUUGGUUUUUUUAAAGUAAUACUUAACGUCAUCUGCCAGUGGUCUGAGAAAACAAUGGUGCCUGCAAACCGCAGCUCACCCGUUACGAGCCUCCCGCGUUCUGUGCGCUGCUACCGGGAGC